ACACUCUGACUGCGCUACAUGUAUAUAAUCCUUUGGGGUGACCCAGAAAACAAUCUCCGGUGUCAGUGACUGAAGCAGACUAGAGGCAGAGGUGUAGGCUAUGUGCUGCCGCUUCACAUAGAGUAGUGAAAUUCCCUGGAAUACGAGAUCUCUUUUAUUCCUCUCUUUUUAUUUCUCUCUUCUACUGCACACCCACUGGACGUAUUAUAGAUCUCAGAGACGCUCCGGAAAGUCUUAACUUGCCAUCGGAAUACGAGCUUUCUCUGAGGACCCUCCAGGAGCCAUGGCAGACCAUAUGAUGAUGCCCAUGACCCAUGGACCCGCAGGAGGCUUGCACGGAUACCGCAUGGGCAUGACGGCCCCCCCUCAGCACGGGCCCCCCUCGGGCCUGAGGGCCAUGCCCAACGGCCAGGUCAUGCACUACGGGCGGCCGCCCCCGGGCCCUAUGGACGUGGGCAUGGGCCGUCCCCAACCCGGCAUGGUGGGAGGUGGCAUGAACGGACAGGUGAACGGCGUAGGGCCCAUGGGAGGCGGAGGAGGAGGGGGGCACCACCACCCCAUGCAGGGUCCAGGAGGGAUGAUGUACAGUGGGCAGGGUGGGCAUCCGCAGCAGCAUCAUCACAUGCAGCAGCAUCCCCAGCAGCAGCAGCAGCAGUACAUGGGGGGCGGCGGAGGUGGAGGAGGCCUGACUCCAUCGCAACAGCUGAUGGCCAGCAUGCACCUCCAGAAGUUGAACAACCAGUACCACGGACACCCGCUGGCGGGUCACAUGACCGGGGGCCAUAUGGGCACAGGGAACCACAACGGGUCGAUGACGCGGUACCGCAUGGGCCCUGGACAUGGGGGGGCGGCGUCACAGCUGGGCCUGAACAGCAUGCAGCACAUGGGGAUGGGCCCGGCGGCCGCCGCUGCCGCAGCAGUUCAGGUGCAGCUGGGUCUGAACGUCAUGGACAUGGACCUGAUAGACGAGGAGGUUCUGACGUCACUGGUGAUGGAGCUGGGUCUGGACCGGGUUCAGGAGCUGCCGGAGCUCUUCCUGGGACAGAACGAGUUCGACUUCUUCUCGGACUUUGUGUGCAAGCAGCAGCCAAGCACGGUCAGCUGUUGAGGAGCAGGUGACCAGCAGGGGGCGCAACCGCAGCUAGCUACGCUAAGCUUAGCUCGGUGAGGAGUGAGGUGAAGAACAAUGUUAAGAGACACUCAGUCGGCCAGCUAGCUUAGCUUACUGUAGCUAGCCUGGACUGACUCGGCGAGGAGCGAGGUGAAGAACAAUGCUAAGAGACACUCGCUCGUCUAGCUAGCUAUGCUUAGCUAGCCUGGCCUGACUCAGCUGGCCUGACUCGAUGAGGAGCGAGGUGAAGAACCAUGUUAAGAGAUACUCGCUCGGCCAGCUAGCUACGCUUAGCUUAGCUCGUCGAGGAGCGAGGUGAAGAACAAUGCUAAGAUACACUCGCUCGUUUAGCUAGCUACGCUUACCUUAGCAAAGUAAGGAGCGAGGUGAAGAACAAUGCAAUGCUAAGAGACACUCGCUCGGAAAGCUAACUUAGCUUACUGUAGCUAGCCUGGCUCGGCUCGGCUGCCUGUCCACCUAGCCCCAUCCCCCUAAAGACUACGUAGUAGAUUCUAUGGUAUUUAGAAAUGUAUUUAUUUGUGACUCCCACCAAAUAGUGGACACUUUGUGACAAUGAAUGGGAACUUUUUUUGUUUUGUUUUGGGUUGGGUGGGGAUAUUGAAGGCCGGUUCUUCAAUAAGGGAGCUUGACCAUGUCUCCUAUUUCUUGAAAAACAAAAACAAAAACGAGGCUGUAGGCCCAGUAAUGACUGCUGUGUGUGAUUUGGAAUACUGUGUGUUUGGGACGUACGUAGCUUUUAUGGUGACACACACGUGAGAUGUAGGGGAAAAGUGCUACACUGUUUAUAUGGCCAUGUGUUUUAUCACUGUUCUACUAGCUCUAGAGUUCAAGGGUCAUUCUAGAACGACACUUUCUAUUUUUCAGCUAAAGGCGGAAGGAAAGAAAAGAAAAACAUGCAAAGAUCAUUUCAGCUCAAUGCAAUAUAUCACUUGUUCAUUUUGUCUAUUAUUUCUCUUGCUCUUCGACUGGUAAAUGAAUUAAAACCAAAAUCAACUCA